AUGCCACCACCUCCUCCAUCAGCAUCCACUUCUUCAGCACAAGCUCCUAGCUCAAAGAGGCUCAAAGCAGCCAAGAAGACUCAGCAGCAGCCACCACCACCACCUGCGUCUCGUACUCUUCCGCACGAGUCCCUUUACCUCGCAGCUCUUCCCUCGGCCUCACGCUACCAUCAAUCCUUUAUGCAUCGCGCCCCCAUCAACUUCAGUACCGUGACGCCGCAUACCAACUUUCUCAUCACCACGAGCGUGGAUGGUCAUAUCAAAUUCUGGAAGAAGCAAGAGGUGGGAAUCGAAUUUGUCAAGCAUUACAGGGCCCACCUGGGCGUGGUGACGGCAGUGAGCGUGUCUGCAGAUGGAGCCAUGUUCGCAACGGCGGGGAGCGACAAGUCUCUCAAGAUUUUCGAUGUUGUCAAUUUUGAUCUGAUCAAUAUGAUCAAGGUCGACUACGUCCCGAGAGCCAUUUGCUGGAUUCAUCGCAAGGGUAGAGCAGAGGUGGUACUGGCGGUCUCAGCCGAGGAUUCGAAUGUGAUACGGCUAUAUGACGGCAGAGGAGAUGGGUCGCCGUCGGCAGUGAUCGACUCGGUGCAUCGGAAGCCCGUUCACUUGCUCACCUAUCACGAGCCGCUCCAUUGUGUCGUGUCGGCAGAUGAAGGAGGCAUGGUAGAGUAUUGGUCGCCAGAAGAGCCCUACGAGAAGCCUGACUCGAGAGGUGGACUGUGGGAAUACAAGGCGUCGACGGAUCUCUUUGAGUUCAAAAAGUCAAAGUCGAUACCUAGCUCACUCGUCUUCUCACCCAGCUACAAGCGCUUCGUCACACAUUCGCUGCCGGACCGGGUGAUUCGUGUCUUCGAUGCGUACACGGGCAAGGUCAUUCAAAAGUUUGACGAUACCUUGGCCAUCAUUCAAGAGAUGCAGACUGCGGGUACUAGCGGGGUGAAGCUCGAUGAUAUGGAAUUCGGACGAAGAUUAGCUGCAGAGAAGACGCUGGAGAAGGAAGCGCAGGAGUUGGGAGGAGCAGUGAAUGCUGCGCAGGGGCUGAGGACUAUGAACGCCGUCUUCGAUGAGACAGGUCACUUCCUCAUCUACCCGACGAUGCUAGGCAUCAAAGUGAUCAACACAUAUACCAAUGAGCUGUCGACGAUCCUAGGCCGAGACGAGACGGUGCGCUUCCUGAAUAUCUCCCUCUUCCAAGGUAUUGGGGGCGACAAGAAGAAGGGCACCAAGUCUCUCGCUCUCAUGGCCUCUGAAAAUCCAGCCGCAGCGCAAAGUGGUGAUGGCGAGGUUCAAGACCCAACGCUCUUCUGCUCAGGACACAAGCGGGAGCGCUUCUACCUGUUUACGCGCCUCGAGCCAGAUCACAAUCCCAAGUCCAAGGAUGGAGGAGAGAGGGACGUAUUCAAUGAGAAGCCCUCGCGCGAGGAACAGACCAUUGCCGCCUCCUCUUCCUCUGCAGGCGGCGCUGCAGGAGGAGCAUAUGGUUCCCGCUCAAAGUCCAAUGUCGCCUCGACGGCCAUCUUGCACACGACGCUGGGAGAUAUUCAACUGCGUCUCUUUCCCGAAAAGGUACACAAGACUGUUGAGAAUUUCGUCGGACUAGCGCGUAAAGGAUACUACAAUGAUGUCACCUUUCACCGCGUUAUCAAGAAGUUUAUGCUUCAGACUGGAGAUCCACUGGGAGAUGGCACAGGUGGGGAGAGUCUGUGGGGUAGGAACUUUGAGGAUGAAUUUAGGGAUGAUUUGAAGCAUGAUAGACCUUACACGCUCAGUAUGGCCAAUGCUGGACCGAAUACGAAUGGCUCUCAAUUCUUCAUAACCACUGUCCCUACCCCCUGGCUAGACAACAAGCACACCAUCUUCGGACGCGCCACUGCAGGGAUGGACGUGGUACACCGUAUAGAGAACGUAAAGGUGGAUUCGAAUGAUAAGCCCCGAGAGGAGGUUCGAGUGAGUAUGGAGAGAGAUGUCAGAGGAGAGGAGAGGCGGGCAGAGGGAAAGAGAGAGAGAGGGAGAAGCUGA